GGGCGGUGUGUGGGUGUAGUCCCGAGCGGUCUCGUUAUGACAGGAGGGGCGCUUUAGCUGUUUUGGUUACGUAUUAGGGGGUCUCUGUGACACUCGGGUCUCUAUAGGGGAGCGGGGGGCAGGCAGAGCUCGCUGGGCUGAGGCCGGGGAUCGCAGCUCUGUGGAUUGUGCCUGGAUCUGCUGCCCGAUCAGUGUCAGCUGAAAAUGCUCUUCUGGCACACACAGCCUGAGCACUACAACCAGCACACGAGCGGAAGCUACCUGCGUGACGUCCUCACUUUGCCAAUUUUUAAGCAAGAGGAACAUCAUCACCUCUCCCCUGAUACGGAUGCAAAGCUGCCCCCCUUCCAGUAUGUCCUAUGCACCGCUACCUCCCCUGCCAUUAAACUGCAUGAAGAGACCCUGACAUAUCUCAACCAAGGACAGUCGUACGAAAUUCGCCUCCUUGACAAUAGAAAAUUGGGAGAAUACCAAGAGCUGAAUAGUAAACACAUCAAGAGCAUCAUACGAGUGGUUUUUCAUGACCGGCGGCUGCAGUACACGGAGCAUCAGCAGCUAGAAGGCUGGAGAUGGAGCCGACCCGGAGAUCGUAUUCUUGACAUAGAUAUCCCUCUAUCUGUCGGUAUAUUGGAUCCCCGAGCAAGUCCAACACAGCUAAAUACUGUGGAGUUCUUGUGGGAUCCCUGCAAGCGAACCUCGGCAUUCAUUCAGGUGCACUGUAUUAGCACAGAGUUCACACCAAGAAAGCAUGGGGGAGAGAAGGGCGUUCCGUUCAGGAUUCAGAUCGAUACGUUCAAACAGAAUGAGAAUGGAGAAUACACGGAACAUCUACACUCAGCCAGCUGCCAGAUCAAGGUCUUCAAGCCUAAAGGAGCAGACCGGAAGCAGAAGACCGAUCGGGAGAAGAUUGAGAAACGGACCGCGCCGGAAAGAGAGAAAUACCAGCAGUCAUACGAUACCACCAUACUGACAGAGUGUUCACCGUGGCCGGACCUGCCUUAUCAGUCAAACAGCUCGUCUUCCCCUGGAUACAACAGCUCCCCGACCAGCUUUAACCUCGGAGAUGGCAACUGCUCUCCAACCCCUCAGGUGGAACCUCCUCCCCUAAGAAAUGAUAAAGCAGUUUCUGGAUUUCAGAAUGAAACUUGGAAUCUGGAGGAGAAGGGAAAGUAUCUUGUGCCUUCAGCAACCAUCCAAGACGUGCAGCAGUGGCUUCAGCGCAACAGAUUCCCUCAGUACUGCCGGCUGCUGUCCAGUUUCUCUGGCGCUGACUUACUAAAGAUGACCAAAGAAGACUUCAUCCAAGUAUGCGGCCCGGCCGAUGGCAUCCGGCUCUUCAAUGCAGUGAAGGGGAGGAAUGUGAGACCCAGGCUAACCAUAUAUGUCUGCCACGAAUCUGAGCAGAACAGGUCUGUCCUGCAGCACAAGCGAGAGAAUGGAGACUUGUGUGUGUACCAUGCAAUAUUCUUGGAAGAGCUGACAGCCAUGGAAUUAAUGGAGAAGAUUGCAAACCUGUACACCAUCUCCCCACAGCAAAUAAACCAGAUCUAUAGACAGGGACCAACAGGAAUCCAUGUGGUUGUGAGCACAGAG